CUUUGUGAGCAGGCGCGUCCAUUGCGCCAUCAUUUUUUGCUUUUUUCGAUUUCGGAGUCCGCCGAUCUGGGACAUGUCGGGAGCGCGUCUCGAGGGGUGUAGUAUUUGCAGAGCUGAAUUCUGGGCUGCCUCACACGCACGCUUAGGAGCUUGUCACUUGUAGCGAUAGGGAGACGAGACGACAAAGGGGAAAGCAGUCUGCUCCUCCUGCUCCCGCCCAGCACACCAAGACCGACGAUGAGGGCGAUGGUGGACAAGCUCGCGCAUGCGGCCUCGUCGGCGGCGUACGAGUGGACGCCGCUCAUGCUGCUGUUCUCCUACUGCCUCGGCUCGUUUGCGCUGUACCCGCUGCUGCCCGACACGGCGCACGAGGUCCUCUGGUUCGUCCUCGCGGGCCUGCAGACGCUGACGUCGAUCAGCGUCGCGACGGAAGCCACGCAGGCCAUCCGGCCCACGGUCAAUGCGCGGCGGGACAUGCGCCGCGCCGCCAAGGACGGCUGGGACAAGGAGCAGGUCGACUGGCCACGCAUCGACGUCAUCCUCGUCGCCUACCUGCCCAACGAGAAGGACAUCAUCCUGCGCCAGAUGCGCUAUGCCCUCACGCGCAUCGACUACCCGCCCGACCGGCUGCAGGUGUACGUCGUCUACAACACGCCGACGCCCAUCGAGCCCGUCGAGAGCGAGAUGCGGUCGCUGCAGGACGACUAUGCCAACGUCGAAGUCGUCAAGGUGCACGGGUCCAAGAGCAAGGCCGACAACAUCAACCACUUUCUUUCGCUGAGCCACCCGCGCGGCGACAUCAUCACCAUCUACGACACGGACCACUACGCAGAGCCGAGUGCGCUGCGCUGGGUCGCCAAGCGCUUCCUGGCAGGCGACGUCGACAUUGUCCAGGGCCGCUGCUGCGUGUACAACUACACCGAGACGCUCGUCACGCGCCUCGUCGGCGCCGAGUUCGACAUCAUCUACGGUGUCAUGCACGCUGGCCGCGCCCAGGUGCAGGGCUACGGCUUCUUUGGGGGCAGCAACGGCCACUGGAAUGCGUCGCUGCUGCGCACGCUGCGCAUGGAGAGCCACAUGCUCACCGAGGACAUCGACUCGUCGCUGCGGGCCAUUGUCUCGGGCGCGCGCAUCGAAUACGACACGCGCGUCAUCAGCUACGAGCUGGCGCCCACGACGGUGCGCUCCUUCAACAAGCAGCGCCUCCGCUGGGCCCAGGGCUGGACCCAGGUGGCGCUGCGACACGCGCUGCCGGCGGUGCGCCGGGGCGCCUACACCGACGCCAACGGUUGGCGCUCGCGCAUCGGCCUGCUCCAGCUGCUCCUCUACCGCGAGGCCUACUUCUACAUCAACACGCAGCUCUUUUGGAUCCUCGUCGGCUCCCUCGUCACCGUCCUGCCCCAGCAGGGCUUCCACGUCUUUUUCCGCAACUUUGGCGGCUACCAGGUCGCCAUCUGGGCUCUCGGCUUCAAUCUCGUCAUGCUCGGCGUCUGCCUGGCCAUCACGCUGCGCAACCAGAGCCACUUUGUGCGCUGGCACGGCAUCCUCGCCCUGUAUGCGCUCCUGCCCUUCUACUAUGUGGCCGUGAGCCACAUGGCCAUCUUCUGCCACUUUCGCCAGUUCACCGGCUUCUCCAAGUGGAACCCCACCAAGCGGACGUGAUUUCCUCUCC